UCACGCCGCUCCGUGUGACGGUGGGGGGAAGCGGGUUGUUAGCGGUGGGGUUGGGAUCGGAGGGUCCCGGGGACGCGAUAUGGAGCUGGGUUGGCUGCUAUGGGGCGCGGCGGUGCUGCUGUUGCUUCAUCUCCUGAUGGAGCUCAGCCCCGCUGUGAACUUCGUGCUGCGCGUCGGUUUUUACUACGUGUUGUGCAUCGUCUGCUCCGGGCUCACCGCUCCCGUCUGUCUCCUCGUCAACGGCGGCCGCACCGUCAAGAAUAUGAGGAUCAUCAAAACCGUGGUCAAGUCAUUCAAAUAUUUCUUCGGCCUGAGGUUUGAGGUGAAAGGACUGGAGAAUUUUGAGGUGGAGGGCCCUGCCAUCAUUGUGUCCAACCACCAGAGCAUGCUCGACAUGAUGGGGCUGAUGGAGAUCCUGCCCGAUGACUGUGUCCAGGUGGCCAAGAAGGAGCUGAUGUACGCCGGCACAGUGGGGCUCAUCAUCUACCUCGGGGGUGUCAUCUUCAUCAACAGGAAGAGCACCAGCAGUGCCAAGAUGGUGAUGGCGGAGGUGGCCAAGACUAUGACAGCUGAUAACGUGAAGGUGUGGGUGUACCCAGAGGGCACGAGGAACUGCACGGGGGAUUUGCUGCCAUUCAAGAAAGGAGCAUUUCAUCUCGCUGUCCAGGCACAGGUCCCAGUGAUCCCCGUGGUCUAUUCCUCCUUCACCACUUUCUACAACCCGAAGAAGAAUCUGUUUACAUCAGGCAAAAUCAAGGUCGAGGUUCUCCCUCCGAUAGAAACCAAAGGGCUGACAUCAGACGACGUCUCCGACCUCACUGACAAAUGCUUCAACAUCAUGAGGGAGACCCUUUUCAAGCUGUCCGGCCGCCCAGGUGAUGGGAAGGAUUCCUCCUAAGUGCUGCUCCAGCAGCGUCACCGUGUGGCGGUGACCGAAGGGACCCAUCUGCUGCCAAACACCAAAGGAACAUCUCUUCCUCUGCAGUGACUUGGAACUCUGGGGAUGCCAUGGACUGGCACACGAGGCGUGUGGAGCCAGCAGUGAGGCUCCCCCCCUCUGAGUGGAUUUCUCUUAAGGAUUCAUUAUCUUGCAAUGAAACGUUUCAUUUUUUUCCUCUGUGUUUCUCAGGCACCAAACAUGCGCUACCAAAGGGCUCAAUGUCCAGAUCAGGUGAGUUCUCCGGCUCAGGCAGCUGCCCAUGGGGCAGUGAGGAGGUCCUGGCAGGAGGUUGGGCUCUACCCCAUGUGAGUGUUCCUGCUGGCUGUCAGGUGCUGCCCCAGAUGAGGAGCCACCAGGCAGCAGCGUGUCCCUGCACAACCUUGAUGCUGAGAAUUGGGUCAAGAUCAUGAAGAUCCAAACUCUGUCUGCCCAGCAGCACAGCCCUGUGCUCAGUGCAUCCCUAGGCAGAGCACUGAGGCCUUUACCUGAGAGAUGCCCUUGAAUCUCAGCAGCAUCUUGUGCUGGGGCUCUGCAUUGCCCAAGCAUUCUGAAGCCAAGCCUUCCCCUUUGAGGAAAGCUCCUAUAGGGUCAAUAACUGAGCUGAAAAGGGGAACGUGUGGGGCCAGUCAGCCUUGAGCCCUUCCUAAGGCUCAGCUUCUCAUUAAAACAAGUGCUCUCCCCCAUUGAAGGGUGCAGCAGUGCAGAGGGAAGCUGUCAUCUCACCAAGUGCUUGCUGCUUGGGUGGGUUUGGCUGUGCUGUUUGUUCAAGCUCCUUGCAGCAAUCAUCGUGGUGCCUGGGGUACAUUAUGCAGAUGCUAAGGGCUCUGUCAUGCUCAUCUUGUCAUGGUCAGCACUGGCCGAAAGAUGGUGCCUGUCCCAUGUCUUUGUGCUGAUCUCAGCUGAGCUGCUGCUCUGCAGGAGCUGCAAAACUUGUUGGGGAGCCUGCAGGGUGUGUGAGCUGAGUCUGUAAUGGGAAGAGAUUCAGCUUUCACCCUGGGGAAAAUGGGCUUCAUCCCUGUUCGAGGAGUUUGGAUAAAGGGCUUUCUGAGCAGAUGGGCAGUGCUCCUGGAGCCCUUGCUGUUGCUCUCUGCGAAGAGCAGGGCUGGCUCAGGUCUGUGAUUCCUGGGCUCAGAGAGGCUUGAGAGCUCUUGCUAAUGCAGCAGGGAGCACCACGAGAUGAGCCUGGGUACAGCGUAGCCGGCUUCUAUGUGGCUGCAUUGCUCUAAAUAGUCUCACAGGGCAUUUUGAGGGGUAAAAACUCACCUGGGCAAGGCACAGCCAGCAGAUCCCGAGGCAGGGAGCCCUUGGGCUGAAUUCUGCAAAGCUGGGGCUUUAUCCUGGUGUCUUUAUGGUACUGUCUCAGGGGUCAGACCUGCCAAGGGAACGGGUCGGGGUGGGAGGAUGGAAACCCAACCAGCACUUUGUAAGAAUGGCAGCAAAAUGGCUGUUAUGGAGGUGAAACCCAGGAGUGCUCUAUGGGAGCAACUCAUGCAGCACCUGGGAGAAAGAAGCAGUGCCUCUGUGUGCAGUUGUCUACUGUUUUAAUCAGGUUGAGAAUAAUAUAUUUUGCUUAAAAAGAAAAAAAAAAAAAGUAUGUUUUUGAUUAUUUAAAUGAAGGAGACUCCUGGUUUUAUGUGGGAGGAGAACUGCUGCGGGAGGAAGAGCCCAUAAGCAAAGUGGGGCCAUGGAGGGAGCUCCAUCCCUCCAGUAAUGAGCCUGCAACCUCUGUGCACAGCAGGAGGCUUUGGUUUAGUGCAACUCUGCAGCAUGGCUGCACCCACAGAGCUCCUCCUGCAACUGUGGUUGUAGCAAAGUGUUGUACUGGAUUGUUCAUGUCUACUACACCUGCAACCUUGGCUUGAGCAAACAGAGCUGGGGAGGUUGGUAUGGACUGCCAAGGCAGCAUCGGUUGGGUGGGGGAAUAACAGCCACCUUGACAGCUGGUGCUGUGCCAGUGUAAACAAGUGGGCUUUGUCCGGACCCUGUCUGCAGAGCAGGUGUGCGGGGGACUUGGCCUCACCCUGUUGGCACAGCUGAGCAACGCAGGUUUGUCCCUGUCUGUACUGUGCUGAUGAUGGGAGUGUCACAGGGAAAGGUUCUGCAUUAAAGCAAUAAAACCAG